AUGGUCAAGGUACUCUUCGAGACCGCCGUGGGCUUCUGCCUCUUCAACGUGUCGGACUCGUCCAAGCUCGAGUCCACCAAGAACCUACACGAGUCGCUCGACUCGGCCCAGGGCGCCACCAACCUCCUCAAGCUCUCCGCCAUCCACCGCUUCACCAACACCGCCGAGGCCGUCGAGGACAUCUCGGCCAUCAACGAGGGCAAGAUGAGCAAGAGCCUCAAAAAGUUCCUCACCGACGAGAUCGUCGACGCAAAGGGCAAGGACAAGGAGAACCUCAUCGUCGCCGAGUCCAAGCUCGCCUCCACCAUCGCAAAGAAGCUCGGCAUCCAGGUCACCUACGACUCGGAGCUGCUCGACCUCUACCGCGGCAUCCGCGAGAACCUCGCCACGCUCCUCUCCUCCUCCUCCGGCGGCGAGUCGCUCGACCCGCGCGACCUCAACACCAUGAGCCUCGGCCUCUCCCACUCCUUGAGUCGCUACAAGCUCAAGUUCAGCCCGGACAAGGUGGACACCAUGGUGGUCCAGGCCAUCGGCCUCCUCGACGACCUCGACAAGGAGAUCAACAUCUACGCCAUGCGCGUCAAGGAGUGGUACGGCUGGCACUUCCCCGAGAUGGGCAAGAUCAUCACCGACAACCUCGCCUACGCCAAGGUCAUCCGCGCCAUGGGCUUCCGCACCAACGCCUCCGCCACCGACUUCUCCGAGAUCCUCCCCGAGGAGAUCGAGGAGACCCUCAAGGCCGCCGCCGAGAUCUCCAUGGGCACCGAGAUCUCCGACACCGACCUCGAGCACAUCUGGAGCCUGUGCGACCAGGUCAUCUCCAUCACCCAGUACCGCACCCAGCUCUACCAGUACCUCCAGAACCGCAUGGCCGCCAUCGCGCCCAACCUCACCGCCCUCGUCGGCGACCUCGUCGGCGCACGCCUCAUCAGCCACGCCGGCUCGCUCAUGAACCUCGCCAAGCACCCGGCCUCGACCGUGCAGAUCCUCGGCGCCGAAAAGGCGCUCUUCCGCGCGCUCAAGACCAAGCACGACACGCCCAAGUACGGCCUCAUCUACCACACCUCGCUCGUCGGCCAGGCGCCACAGAAGCUCAAGGGUAAGAUGGCGCGCAUGGUCGCCACCAAGGCCGCGCUCUCCAUCCGCCUCGACGCGCUCGCCGAUGCCGAGACCAAGGGCGACGAGGGCGCGCCCACCGUCGGCAUCGAGGCGCGCGCCAAGCUCGAGUCGCGCCUGCGUGCGCUCGAGAUGCAGAGCGGCAUGUCCGGCAUGCGCUCCGCAAGGAACGCCGCCGGCGACAACGGCUACAAGCAGAAGGCCUUCCAGAUGGAGGCGGGCGGUCGCUCGUACAACGCCGCUGCCGACGCUGCUGGCCCGAGCGACAUGGCUGCUGCCGCCAGCCAUGCACCCUCCAUGCUCCCCUCCACACCCGCCAAGGCGGAGCUGUCCAAGGAGGAGCGCAAGGCGCUCAAGAAGGCCAAGAAGCACGAGGCCAACGGCACCGAGACGCCCAAGAAGGACAAGAAGGACAAGAAGAAGCGCUCGGCAGACGAGGCCGACGUCACCGCCACGCCCAGCUCCGAGCCAGGGUCGAGCAAGAAGAAGAAGUCCAAGAAGGACUAG